AUGGACUCGAAAAUACACACUGCAAAAAGCCAAAACUACACCUCCAUCUUGCAAGAUUACAUUCGAAACAGCCGUUUCAACACCUCCGAAACCCCAAAACCAACCCUAAUCUUGACUCCCACCGACGAAUCCCAGGUGGGAGUGAUGGUGCGAUGCGCCAAGGUGGCCUCUCUGCAUCUCAGGAUCCGGAGCGGCGGCCAUGACUUGGAGGGCCUCUCCUACACCUCCGGAGUCCCAUUCGCCAUCCUCGACCUGUCCAGCCUCAGGUCUAUCCAAAUAGACCUGACAAACCAGACUGCACCCACUGCGUGGGUGCAGUCUGGUGCUACACUUGGUGAGCUAUACUACCAAAUCUCGAAAAAAAGCGAAACCCUAGCUUUCCCCGCCGGUGUCUGCCCCACCGUCGGUGUCGGCGGCCACAUCACUGGCGGUGGCUACGGCAACAUGAUGAGGAAGCACGGCCUCACUGUCGACAACUUGGUCGAUGCCAGAAUAGUCGACACUGACGGGAGAAUCCGAGAUAGAAAGUCGAUGGGGGAAGACCUUUUCUGGGCGAUUCGAGGAGGCGGCGCUGCCAGCUUUGGCGUCGUCCUGUCGUACAAAAUAAAUCUCGUGACAAUCCCGAAAACUGUGACGGUUUUCGACAUUAUCAAAACAGUAGAAGAAAACGCAAGCGGUAUACUUCACCAAUGGCAGAAGGUAGCUUACAAAAUGGACAAGGAGCUUUUCAUCAGGGUUAGUCUAGCAUCCUUGAAAGAGACAGCUAGGGCUAGUUUUCUUGCAAUGUACCUCGGAAAUUGCGAUAAACUUGUUGAAACUAUGACCUCUCAAUUUCCGGAGCUUGGGUUACAAAAAAAUGAUUGUAAGGAAAUGAGUUGGAUUAGAGCUGUUUUGAUGUGGGCCGGGUUUCCGAAGGAGGCGCCCGAGACGGCUUUGCUGGCCCGGAACACGGGCCCGAGCGCAUUCAAGAUGAAAUCAGACUAUGUCACAAGCCCAAUUCCACUCACCGGGCUUGACGGGCUGCUCCAACGGGUUCGGGCCGAGCGAGGAAAAUAUUACGUGAAAUUCAAUCCGUACGGUGGUCGGAUGAGCGAGAUUCUGGCGACGGAGGCGGCUUUCCCACAUAGGGAGGGGAUUAUUUACAAGAUUCAAUAUGUAAUAGUGUGGAAUGAAACGGGUCGGGCCGCCGAAGCAUACCACCUUGGGAAAAUAAGGGAAAUGUAUGAUUAUAUGGAGGCGUUUGUUACGAAAAAUCCAAGAAGGGCUUAUUUGAAUUAUGGAGAUAUUGAUAUUGGUAGGGUUGGGAAUGGGACGAAUGGUUAUGAAGAGGCUAGAGUUUAUGGGGUUAAGUAUUUUGGGGAAAACUUUGAGAGAUUGGUGAGAGUUAAGAGUGUGGUGGAUCCGAGUAACUUUUUUAGGAAUGAGCAGAGCAUUCCUCCUAUGAUGGUAUGA